GCGAGCGCGAAGAAGAAGAGAAGAAGAGCGUGCAUCGCAUGCAUUCGUCUUAAGCAACGUUCGAACGGAGGAGAAGUGCCACCAUAACUACAUUUUACAGUUCUGAAACACCUGGCGCACAAUGGAAGAGACUACUUCGACGGAGCCCACAAAAAAGUCAAAAUCAAAGGCAUCAUUGAAGGACAAGACAUCGGAGUCGGCGGACCUGCCACCUCCGGGAAAGCGCUCCAAGUCAAAGUCCAGGGAGCGGGUGACCGAAUCAGGUGCUAGUGAUCUUGAUGAAAAGCCGAAAUCGAAAACUAAGUCCAAGGCUCCCAAUUCAGAGGCUUCACAAGGAAAGUCAAAAUCAUCAUUGAAGGACACGACAGCAGAGUCAGCGGACCUGCCGCAGAAAGAAAAGUCGAAAUCGAAAACCAAGGACAGGACUUCCGAUUCAACGGCUGUAAAGCCGAAAUCAAAGGCAUCAUUGAAGGACACGACAGGAGAGUCAGCUGAUCUGUCAACCGAGGAAAAGCCGAAGUCGAAGAAAAAGGCCAAGUCGUCGGAAUCAGCGGCUUCGCACGAUAAGAAAUCUAAGCAGAAGACUAUCAACGAGACAGCAGAGUCUGCAGAUUCCCCGCCCAUUGAAAAGCCAAAGAAAAAGAAGACAACCGACCCUGCUCCGUCGCGUCGCGAUGAAAAGGAAUCAAAAUCAAAGGACAAGUUGGAUCGUGACGAAAAGCGUACGAAACCGAAGCACAAGGUGGCGGCUGCAGCACCGAUGGCUGCGGCUGUUGUCGAAAAGCCUUCGGACGUAACAACGCAGGAAUCAACUGCUGUAGCCAAGGAGUCAGAAGUCACCACUGCGGCCAGUGACUCCACAGCCCCAGCUCCUAAGAAAAAGGGUCCCAAAAUGAGGACCGAAAGAGUUGGAGACAGUGUACCCGUGCCUCGGGAAGCGAAGGAGCCAUCGGACAACGGACUGCCACCUGUGGUGUACGUUGCUAUAGGAGCAGCCUUGGUUGUCAUUUUAAUCCUGGCGGCGUUCGGGUUGUACUGGGUCAUCAAGCAAAACAUGCACGAUACGAAACCCGGUGCCACAGAAUCUGUUCCAGGCCCCGGCAUUAUGACUCCUGCAGGCGAAACUGCAGCUGGCGAUCUAUCAACAACGAAACCGAACUACCUUCCACCGCCUCCCUCUCCUGUUUCUCCCCCUCCGACGUCGACGGGCCCAACCACCACACCUAGACCCACUGUGAAGUGGGACACGGAGAUCGAGCUCUGCAACUCGAACGACUGUAGGGAGGUCAAAAUGCUCAUGGACGCUUCCUUGGACAAGGGAAGAGAACCCUGCCAGGACUUCUAUGCCUUUGUUUGUAGCGAAGCUGAAAGAAAUUAUGCUACUAUGUAUGACACAGUGCAAGGCGGGACACUGAAGGUACUCGAACACAAUAUCUCUACCGAAAUCGGAAAAGAAAUCAGGAGUCCCGUACCUCUUCAGGGUCAGACCGUCAUUCAGAAAAGUGCGGCCUUCUUCCAACACUGCCGCGAUGUAAAGAUGGCGGUGGACAGCAACUUCGAUCGCAUGAAACUCUUGCUCGAAGAACAUGGUAUGACUUUCAAAGAAGAUAUGUCAUUCGACGCCUUGGACGUGACUGUUAAAUUCGCCUUCGAGUUGGGUAUCCAGCUUUGGUACAACUUUUCUGCGGAACGGAUCGGUAGCGAGUAUGACGUCGUCGUCGAGAGGUAUUCUGGACUUUUGCAGGAGAGAUUUGUAUGGUCUAGUAGGGGAUCUGACAUUGAGAAAGCGGAUUAUGCGGGACAAGUAGUCCUCAGAAAUAUCUUUGGGCGACGGCUCGAUGCAAUCUACGUCAGAGACUUGGUACAGGCCAUAGAACUUGUAUACAACACAGGUAUAUUCACGCGUCUCGGAGCACAAAAGAGGAUUCCUCUCUCGACACUUCUAGACGAUGACGUUAACUCCGCCCUCACUAGACAAUGGACUACGAUCCUUUCUCGGUACAGUAAUCAACGUCUCCCAGGCAAUGUCUACGUAAAGGUUCACGAUGGCGACCAGAAGCUUUUUAGAUCAGCCUUCACCGUUGAAAACAAUACGGACGCAGUGAGGAGGUACAUCGCUUGGAGAACUGCCGACACACUGUACACAACUGGCGCCCAAGCGGUGGCGAAGGAUACACCGAGGGACAUCGAAGACCACUGUCUGGCCUUUGUACAGUCGAUGCUGCCUUAUACAAUAGGCCCUUCUGUGCUUUUCAAGACAGUGAACGAACAGAGAGUGAACGCUGUGAAGACUAUGUUGCGCGAGAUCGUAGACGCCGUCGACGGUUCCUUCGCGCAGUCGACAGUAUUUGACGACAACACACGAAAUGAUGCCCGGAAGAAGCUGUCUUUGCUGAAGAGCAAUAUUGGCUACCACCAUUCAAAGUUCGACACACAGGAAAAAGUUAGAGAUCACUACCGUGAUCUUCCAGAUCUGACCGGGCCUUUCAUCGAUGAUUUCAUCAAAGUAAAACGAUUCCUAACGACGACUUACUGGUAUCACAUUUUCCGCAGCGAUGUCGACUUUAUUAACAACCUUUACAGCGCCCAGGUUCCGGUGUUCGAAGCCAACGCGAAAUAUACUGCAGAGAUGAACCUGCUGACUAUACCACCUGCCAUGAUGUACAGCCCGCUCUUUGCACUUGGAGGACCUCCCGAUGUGAACUACGGCGCUCUGGGACGUCUUAUGGCUCAUUACAUAAUGCGGGGCUACGACGAGGAGGGGAUUCAUUUCGACGGCACAGGAGCCCCGUCUUCGUGGUUCUCCCGCGAAAGUAGUCGGCGCUACGAGGAUUUUAUUGAGUGCGUUUCUCGUAGUGCCCAGGUCGCACCUGGUGAGAGGUAUAAGGCAACGAGCAGGAACGAAGAACUUGCGGACGUCUUGGGGAAUAUUCCUCUCCUGAAUGCGUACAAGAAAGCUAAGGGCUCCAGCGAUAAGCUGUUUUACGUGUCCUGGUGUCUCCUGUGGUGCGGAAGACGAAGCGCGCCCUUUGUUCCCUCGGACGAUCUUCGGUGCAAUCUGCCUUUGAUGAAUUCUGACCAUUUCAGGGACACGUUCGCGUGUCCCCAUAAUUCUCCAAUGAAUCCGCCACAGAAGUGCAAGAUCUAGGUGCACUUAUGAGGAAAUACAUAUAUAUCU